ACAACUAGAACGUCUGACAUGAGACCUGUCAUCCAUCAUCCGAACCACCCUCACGCCUGAGAAUUCUCCCAAAUCCUAAACAUCAUUAAAUAACAAUAUCAUUGCCAAUCAUAGCAAAUAAUACCCCACAGAAUAAAACAAAAAAGAAACAAACAAUGGCCUCCGACCACCCAACCCUCGUACACCGCACCCUCCAAACCACCAUUCCACUAGUGAGCUCCAUAACCGCCGGCCUCUCCCUCUCCCUCUCCUUCUUCAUGGUCCCCCGACUCCUCGAGGCGCCGGUGGCCGUGAUGCUGCAGCAGUGGCAGUGCACCUACCGGCAGGGCGCGGUCACCAUGGUCCCGCUGUGCCUCGUGUCUGGGGUGUCCUACCUCUGGCUUGCGCUGCAACAUACCUCAUCAUCGUCGGCGGCCGGUGCGGGCAUGUUGUCGUCGUGGCGCGGAAAGAGUUUCCUCGCCGCGGGGCUCCUCACGGCCGGGGUGGUCCCCUACACGGCGGCCUUCAUGAUGGGCACGAAUCGAAGGCUGAUGGAGCGCGCUGACCGGGAAGCGGCGGCCAAGGGGAAGGUGACGGAGUUCAGCGACAAGAUUCUGGAGCAGGAGAAGAGUGCAAAGGCUCUGGUGGACUGGUGGGGCGUCCUGAAUCUAGUGAGGGGCGUUAUGUUGACUGUUGGCUCUGCGUGCGGGUUGGCGGCGGCGACGGCGACGGCGGCCUGAGUUCGUGGCUUGAGUUUGGGUGGUGGGGAGUGAAGAUGCGUUGAGGGGUGAUGGAUUGGAGGAGCUGAGAGUUGGCUAGCUCAUGAAAUGGCUCUCUUCAGGGACAUGCGUCUUCGCCGAGGGCUUCCGGAGUUACUAGACAUUUCGAGCGGCUAGGUCUGAUGGUUACCGUAGGUGUUCAUUGGCCCUUUGUUCGAUAGGAAGUCGAUUCCGUGCCAAUGAUGGCUAGACCUGGAUUUCAUUAUUGGUGUUUCGACUGUGCGGGGCGGUUGCUCCCAAGGCGAAUACUCGGGGCAGCCCCAGGUCUGAGAGCAUUGAAACAAUGGCAAGACAUGGACUGUGAAGCAAUUGACAAUGAAGAGACAAGAUUCACCAACGGUA